UCUAACUUAUGUUAUGAUGCGCUUUCUCGCCGUUCGAUGGUCUCCGGAUCUGAUGCGGCAGAUCGGGCCUGGUAUGGGCGCGUUCAUUGAUACACUCAUCCUCUCCUUCCUCUGUUUCGCCUCUUCGCUCUCCUCCAUCUCGCACUAUACUGCACAUAUUUCGGCUUUACGUGACACAUCGCGAUGCCUGUUUAUUUUCCCGGAGUGGCAAAUCUGUUUUGUUUUCUUUCUCCUUCCUCCACCUGUCAUUCUUUUGUGCUUUCUAAUCGCACGAUGUAGCCACUGAUCAAACGUUAUUAUUUGUGUUAUAAUCGUGAAGCUGAAAGAGAUGUGGUCACAUGACCGUCCAUUAAAAAAAAACCGCGCCGCUUGCAGCCAUUGAUAUCAACCUGCCUCACUGGCAACACGCAUCGCAAACACUAUAAUCAUUAUAAUCGAUCAUUAUAACCAGACAAGAUGAACUGGAUUGUGCAACAAUGUUCAGGGAGUUCAGUGUCGUCGGUAAAAUUGUGUGCGUGUUCGUGCAGUGGUGAUGACGCGUGACGACUCAAGCGGCGGGUGGGUUCCCCUGGGGGGCGGCGGCCUCAGCCAUGUGAUCAUCUGCAAGGGGCGGAGCCCGGGCAACAGGGGGCGGAGAGACUACGUCAUCCGCGGGGAGCGGCUGCGUGAUCGAGCACCGGUGCUGGAGUGUGCGGUACAGAAGGGCCUGGUCUAUAACAAGGUGAACCCAAUCUUUCACCACUGGCGUGUAGAGGACCGCAAGUUUGGUCUGACCUUCCAGAGCCCGGCCGAUGCCAUCACUUUUGAGCGGGGACUCCAGAGUGCCAUCGAAAGGCUGGACAGAGAGUCUGAGUCUCCCUCGUCCUCCACACCAGAAGAGGGCGACACUGAGGAUGAUGGCCAAGCCUCUCACACAGACAGUGAGUCGUCCUCCAACAGCAGGAAAGAAAUGCUACCCAAGUCCAUCACCAUAGUGACCAGUGAGUCGUCGGCUGGCUUUGUGCGGUCCGCUGCUGAGGAGUUGGGCUAUGAGUCCGGGCCCACAGCACCCUCCCAAAGCCCCAGUCAGAUUCACACUCGGCCUGUACAGCAUCAGCCCCCCCUGGGAACGGCUGUCUUGAACCCCCCGGCACCCCCUCCUCCGCCCCCGGCCCCUCCCACCCCACCUGUGCCUCAUCCGGUCCCCACCUCGCUCUCCCCGCUGUCCCCCACCUUCUCGCUCCUGGAGGAGGGCGAUCUGCAAGGCCUAGACCCCUGCAAGGACCUGUGGGGCUCGCGCGGCUACGAAGACUAUCGGCGAGCCGGCGCCACCCGUCCCGGGGGCGGGGGCUUCGGGGGGGGCCUGGCUGGAGGCAUCGUGCAGGACAAGUCGGAGCUGUGCGUGGUGCGUUUCGACAAGGAGUUGGCCGGGAUGGGCAUGCCUGGGUGCGAAGUGACCAUCAACCUGGACAGUAAGGGCGGCCACCGGCACUCCUCCUCCUCCCCCACCUGCGGCUCCACGCCCACAGCGUCCAACGCCCCCCCUGGGGCUGGCUCCCCCCAAGACACGGGCAAGGGCUCACCGUCCCCCUGCUGCAUCCACACCUCCUUGGCCACGCCCCGCUCACGGACUCGGAAGAGAGGGGGCGGCGGUGGGGGUGGCGAGUGCGGGCUGGGCUUGUCAGGCUCCGCCUCCCUGGGAGGGGCCGUGUCCCCUGAGGACGAGAGCCCCUGCCCGGCGGCAUCAUCGUCCUGCUCGUCGCGCUGUGUGUACUGCCGCUCCGUGUUCAGCGCCUCGGAGAACGGGCGCGGCCGCUGCCGGGAUGCGCCGGAUCCAGUGCUACGCUGCCUGCGCCAGUGGACCUGCGUGUGGUGUGCCGAGAGCCUGCUGUACCACUGCACGUCGGACUCGGAGGGCGAGUUCUGGGAGCCCUGCUCAUGCGAGGACUCGCUGGGCGGCCGGCCCCACCCGCUGUGCUGUGCCCGCUGGGCGGCGCUGUUGGCGCUGUCGCUCUGCGUGCCCUGCAUGUGCUGCUACCUGCCACUGCGCGCCUGCCUGCGCUGCGGGGAGCGCUGCGGCUGCUGCGGGGGCCGCCACAAGGCCGUGCGGUAAUGCUGGGCUCCCCGGGGCCCCCCCCCAAGAGCCCGGCCUGCCCAUUACCCAAGGGCCCCGGGAGGGCGGGGGCUGGGGGCACAAGGACGUGUAAAACUAUUUAAGAGGUUUUUAAUUUAAAAGAAAAAAAAUAAUCAAAAGGAUGUUUAUAAAUAUGAUUGUUAAUCAUUAUUAUUGAUAUUUUUAUUCUAUUUUAUUAUUUUGACUGUUUGGCCUUUGAGGCCACAGCGGGUGGAUUUUGACAGAUUCAUUUAGCGGUUAGCAUUUAUUUUUGUAUUCAUCCAAAAGACACUCUCCCGUCUUACCUCUAACUUACUCUGUUGUACCUCAAGUCCUGGGGGGUGGGGGGGGGUUACCGUCUGGCAGACUGGAUACUCAGUGUGGCACAAUGCGGGGAGAGUGCAGGGGGAGAAUUUUUUGGCAACGGACCAUAAUGGUUUUGGCUAGAGAGCAAAGGAAUGUCUGUAGAUGGCGUUGGUGCAGAGGUCUGAUGUGGCUAGAGGGGGGUACUGCUUCUUAGAGAAGUGGGGGGGGGGGUGACACUCAUGGAAGGUGCCUGACUAUGGGGGGUGUGGUGUAACAAGGAGGUACCCACCUGGUCCUGUCAACUCAGCUCCUGCAUAUCUUAAAACGAUCCUCAACACUAGCUGUCACCAGAAAGGGGGUUACUAGCUGGAAAGAAUGGAGACAUAACUGACCAGAAUCUUUGGGACCAGGGUUUGAUUGGCUAAUAAUGUCACUUUUAAAAUGUCCCGUACCCUCCCCACCACCAUUGGGAACGCGCUCUGACCUGCAGACGGAGUGUAGGGGCAGGAAACCUGGAACAACAGCAGCGUGCGGAGUAGGGAGGGAAACCAUCACAGCGGGGCGCGGAGGGCGAGGCGGGCACCACCCUAACGCCCGCGUCCAUCACAGCGGGACGCGGAGGGCGAGGCGGGCACCACCCUAACGCCCGCGUCCAUCAC